AAUACUGCAGACACGUAACCAUCCUGUUUUAGUCAGUUUAAGCUUGCACUUACAAUACAAGGCUUUAACAUUUGCUAUCUACAUAAGCACACUUUUAAUGUCAUAUUGACAAAACCUUUGCUCGCCGAUUCGAAUCGCUGGAAGUGGACCAUGGCGGCUGCCACGAGCAGCAAUACAUCCACAACCACGCUUCAGAUAAAGAAUUCCAGUAUCGAGCAUACGCGGAAACGCAUAGACCCUCGGAGGAGACAAGCCGCACUCUCUUUUCUCAGUAACAUUUCUUUGGAUGGUCGACCGGUGCAAGAUGAUGCCGACAAUCAGAUCGAAGAGGAUAAUUCAAUUGAGUCGAGGACUAGACAGAGCCUGGUUUCUGCAGGAGAGCGCCCGCUGUACGCGGCUGGCAGUGGCACAGGGGUAGCGACCCCCACGGCCACCCAGGCGCUCGCUAUUGCAAACCAGGCUCUGAUUGCUAACGCACGAGAUAGUUUUGGGAUUGGUCCCGCCGCUGCAGCUCAAGCGUGUACAGAUCCGGAAGGGGAUGCUUUCGGCCCUUCGAUUUUCAGUUCGCCUUUCUCUGCAGUACCAGCCGCGAUUAGAGGCAGGCUUCAGACCUACACUCAGGGAGUUGUGCCUGCUGCCUACUCCAGGCAGGCUUCCCAAGGCUUCUGUUUGGAGGGAGGACAGAUAGCCAACUCUGUCCUGGAGCUGCAGAGAUCAAGACGGAGGCUCAUCUCUCAGCGAUCCUCCUUGGAGACACUGGAAGACAUUGAGGAGAAUGCCCCUCUACGCAGAUGCAGAACCCUCUCAGGUUCACCCCGACCAAAGAGCUUCAAAAAGGUCCACUUCAUCAAGAACAUGAGGCAACAUGAUAUGCGCAAUGGAAGGAUAGUCCUAAUCAGUGGCAGAAGAUCCUUGUAUAGUGUAUUUUCUGUCCUGCCCUAUCGAGAUUGUAGCCAAGCAGGGGAUGUGAAACUGGAAAGCGGGCGGCAGCGUCACCCCUCGGGCGGGGUCAGUGCCAAGGAGAUGGUGAUCGGGCUGGAGGGAGUGGAGCUGGGGGCCUAUGGAAAGACUGUAUCAUACACUCAGUUCCUGUACCCCACCAACGCCCUGGGCAGCGGACGCAGGAACACCAUCGACUCCACUUCAUCCAUCUCUCAGUCUCGUAACGCCAGCCACCGCAGCCUCAGCUUGGGCCGGGCCAACAGCAAUCAGAGCAGCAUCGACACAGGGAAUGAUCUGGGGGACUUGAUCCGGGAGUAUGACCCCAAUCUGUUGGACGAUCCCCAGUGGCCGUGUGGGAAGCACAAGAGAGUCCUCAUCUUCCCCUCCUACAUGACUACAGUCAUAGAGUACGUCAAGCCUUCUGACCUCAAGAAGGACAUGAAUGAGACGUUCAAGGAGAAGUUCUCCCACAUACGGCUGACCCUCAGCAAAAUCAGGAGCUUUGACCUUUUAGCGUUUGUCUUCUCUCCCUGCCUUCACUACUUUCAACCCCCCAACCCCAGUCUGAAGAGAGAGAUCCGUAAAUUGGCCCAGGAAGAGUGUGGCUAUGAGGAACCCACCGUAGCCAUGGCCUUCGUCUACUUCGAGAAGCUGGUCCUCCAGGGGAAACUCAACAAGCAGAACCGCAAACUCUGCGCCGGUGCCUGCGUCCUGCUCGCUGCCAAGAUUGGCGGAGACCUCAAGAAGCACGAGGUCAAGCAGCUCAUAGACAAACUGGAGGAGAGGUUUCGUGUGAACAGGAGAGAGCUGAUAGCCUUUGAGUUCCCUGUGCUUGUAGCCCUGGAGUUCAACCUAUACCUGCCUGAGCACGAGAUCAUGCCCCACUACAGACGCCUCGUCCAGACGUCCUAGCAUUAGUGACCCGUCAGGAGGAGCACCUAGACCAUGCCCUUCUGAUCCAGGACCAGAAUCUACACCACACCCUCCUCCCCACCCCACCACUGGGUGGCACGACAUUGUCUCCUCUCUGCAGUCUGGGGAUGCAUUAUGGACCAUGAUGUGGGAGCUCCACUACACUCUACUGCAGGCCACAUUCAUAUGUUCAUUUUCAGAUCAAGAUUUGAAAGCAGCCAAAGUGACACAUUUCCAUACACAUUCUUACUUCAACAUUUUUCUCAGACUUUUACUCCUACAUUUGAAACUAGUUACAUCUUCAAAAGACUUACACUAUCAUUCAAAAGUUUGGGGUCACUUAGAAAUUUCCCUGUUUCUGAAAGAAAAGCAAUUUUUUUGGUCCAUUAAAAUAACAUCAAAUUGAUCAGAAAUACAGUGUAGACAUUGUUAAUGUUGUAAAUUACUAUUGUAGCUAGAAAUGACAGAUUUUUUUAAAUUGAAUAUUUACAUAGGUGUACAAAAGGCCCAUUAUCAGCAACCAUCACUCUUGUGUUCCAAUGGCACAUUGUGUUAAAAGGCUAAUUGAUCAUUAGAAAACCCUUUUGCAAUUAUGUUAGCACAGCUGAAAACUGUUGCUCCAGUCUAAAGGAGGUCAGUUUUAUUGUUUCUUUAAUCAGAACAUCAGCAUUUGUGGGUUUGAUUACAGGCUCAAAAUGGCCAGAAACAAAUAACUUUCUUCUGAAACUCAUCAGUCUAUUGUUAUUCUGAGAAAUGAAGGCUUUUCCAUGUGAGAAAUUGCCAAGAAACUGAAGAUCUCAUACAACGCUGUGUACUACUCCCUUCACAGAACAGCGCAAACUGGCUCUAACCAGAAUAGAAAGAGGAAUGGGAGGCCCCGGUACACCACUGAGUAAGAGGACAAGUACAUUAGAGUGUCUAGUUUGAUAAACAGACGCCUCACAAGUCCUCAACUGGCAGCUUCAUUAAAUAGUACCCGCAAAACACAAGUCUCAACGUCAACAGUGAAAAGGAGACUCCUGGAUGCUGGCCUUCUAGGCAGAGUUGCAAAGAAAAAGCCAUAUCAAGGACUGGCCAAUAAAAAUAAUAGAUUAAGAUGGGCAAAAGAACACAGAUACUGGACAGAGGAAGAUUGGAAAAAAGUGUUAUGGACAGACGAAUCUAAGUUUGAGGUGUUCGGAUCACAAAGAAGAACAUUCGUGAGACGCAGACAAAAUGAAAAGAUGCUGGAGGAGUGCUUGACGCCAUCUGUCAAGCAUGGGGAGGCAAUGUGAUGGUCUGGGGGGCUUUGGUGGUGGUAAAGUGGGAGAUUUGUACAGGGUAAAAGGGAUCUUGGAAGAAGGAUGGCUAUCACUCCAUUUUGCAAUGCCAUGCCAUACCCUGUGAAUGGCGCUUAAUUGGAGCCAAUUUCCUCCUACAACAGGACAAUGACCCAAAGCACAGCUCCAAACUAUGCAAGAACUAUAAUGGAGUGGCCAACACAGUCACCGGAUCUCAACCCUAUUGAGCAGUUGUGGGAGCAGCUUGACUGUAUGAUAUGUAAGAAGUGCCCAUCAAGCCAAUCUAACUUGUGGGAGGUGCUUCAGGUGCUUCAUGGGGUGAAAUCUCUUCAGAUUACCUGAACAAAUUGACAACUAGAAUGCCAAAGGUCUGCAAGGCUGUAAUUGCUGCAAAUGGAGGAUUCUUUGACGAAAGCAAAGUUUGAAGGACAGAAUUAUUAUUUCUAACCUUGUCAACAUUUUCUAUUCAUUUUGCAACUCAUUUCAUGUAUGUUUUCAUGGAAAACAAGGAUAUUUCUAAGUGACCCCAAACUUUACGGUAGCGUAUGAAAGGGAGAAUCCUAUCUUCCUCCACUUUGGAAAAACAAACAAAAAAAUAUCAACACUUUUUACAUCUCUGCUUUUUUCUUUGAGGUUUCAUGUCAUCUUUCUAGUUAAAGAGCAUUGCAAGAUGAUUUUUUUUGUCAAAGCAAAUUAUUGCUUUGUGAUUGUUACAUUUGCACUAAUCACAUUUUUUUAUUUUUAGAUCCCAUUUUUAUUUUUUUGAGAGAGAGAUUGAUUUCAUUGGUCCCUCGUUCCUAUGUGAAACUUUGGCUUGUUUUGGUUGCCUUAUGACCAUCAUAAGAAUGAAUUGCACUGCAGCUUUUGACAGGACUGUUAUCAAAGUGAAUGUGCUUUUUGAAAGACAUUUUCCAGUCUCCUCACUAGAAGUAUACUUUUGAAUAAUGCAGAUAUGGAUGGAUGUGAUUUGAGAAUGACUUGUGAUGAAACAAACGGAUUCUGAUCAAAUUCAGUUGACUCAAACCACAAAAGGGCAAGUUGAUGUAAAUGGUUCCAUUUAUUUUCUCAUCCAUUUACCCUUUUCUAUUUUCUAGCCACCAAUCCCACUAUCAGCAUGACAAUUUAUAUAAAAAAAGGUAAAAUACACAGAUUUAAUGGGAUUUUAUACUGUAUAGUAUUCAGUACAUUUUAAGUACUCUUCUUGUUUUCUACCUGUGGAGUGCUUGCUUUGGACAUUCGGUGACUGACCUACUCUUAUCAGUGUGUAGUCUCUCUCCUGUGCUCUAUGUUAGAGUGAGUUAUCGGUGCGUUUCUGGUGCUAUACUGGAGUGAGUGGAAAGGUAUUGGAAGCAAGUCAUGAUGAUGCCAAUGACCAAUGAUACAGAUCUGGUAUUGAAGCUGAACUUCUUAACCACAAUAUCUGUCAUGACCGGACCAAGUGUUUAAAUGACAUGGUAUCUGUCAUGACUGAACCAAGUGUUUAAAUGGCAUGGUAUCUGUCAUGAUCGCAAUAUUGUUGUGCCACCAAUCUUUUAUGACGAGUGGUUCAAGCUCGAAAGUCACAUUUGGAAUGGUAUGCUAAUGGGAUUGUUGUGACAUCAUAGCAGUGUUACCAAGAGUUUCUCUUAUUUUAUUAGAUCCAACUUUAGUCUUUUGAACACUUAUCUUUUUCUUUGGUUUGAAUGGACAAAUCAAACGGGCCUUACAGAAACAAACUUUAUGCUACAUGCACAUAUCCAUGUCUGAUCAGAAAGUUUAGGAUGGUGAAAAUCCUUUUGUCAUGCACCUUAGCCACGCCCUACAUUCAAUGCUUAUUAAAUUGCCCUUUUCAAAUGUGUGUAGCUGUAAUAUUGACCUGUAAUGUUGGGUAUAUAUUCUUUCAAUCUGAAAUUGACUAUAUAAACUUUGAUACUACAACGUAGGUUGAUACUGAACUAUGUCACGGAGAAACAUGGAUACAUUGUUCAAGUAAAAAUAGACAAUGUGUGAAUUGCCAUGUGUUUGAAUCAGGCCUAUUGUAUUCAACACAGAAGGGUUGGAUAAAACAAGUUUUAUUUUACUUUAAUCUGAUUGAGUAAUCAGAAAAGAUGGAUACUGCUGAAAUUGGGGUGAAAUACAUUUGGGAGAAGUACUGAUUCUAUUUGUAAGCCCAAGAGGUUUUGCCAUAGGAUACCCACUUUUAGGCUUUUCCAGAAAGCUGAUGGUCAACAACAACACGUGCGUAUGUUUGUAAAUAUACUGCUUUGCUUGUUCAAUAAAAACAAGAUUCCUGAA